GGUGCAAGAGACAGUCUCACUCUUUCCUUCACUGGCCUUCCUCUGUGUCGGUCACGGUUGGCAUGAGCUACAUCCUGUGCAUGUUAUGGAGUCCCCGGCGUGCAGUGGAGCCUCGCUGGGGGAAAUGUCAGCUUGGACCAUGGGCGCCCGCAGUCUGGACAAGCGAGGAAGUUUCUUUAAGCUCAUUGACACAAUUGCCUCGGAGAUCGGAGAACUGAAACAGGAGAUGGUGCGGACAGAUGUCAGCCUGGAAAAUGGCCUGGAACCCGCUGAAACCCACAGCAUGGUAAGACACAAGGAUGAUGGCUAUUCUGAGGAAGAGGACGUGAAGGCCUGUACCCGGGACUCAGGCUAUGACAGCCUCUCCAACAGGCUCAGCAUCUUGGACCGGCUCCUCCACACUCACCCCAUAUGGCUGCAGCUGAGUCUGAGUGAGGAGGAGGCAGCAGAGGUCCUGCAGGCCCAGCCUCCUGGGAUCUUCCUGGUUCAUAAGUCUACAAAAAUGCAGAAGAAAGUCCUCUCCCUCCGCCUGCCCUGUGAAUUUGGGGCCCCACUCAAGGAAUUUGCCAUAAAGGAAAGCACAUACACCUUUUCCCUGGAAGGCUCAGGAAUCAGUUUUGCAGAUUUAUUCCGGCUCAUUGCUUUCUACUGCAUCAGCAGGGAUGUUCUGCCGUUUACCUUGAAGUUGCCUUAUGCCAUUUCAACAGCCAAGUCGGAGGCUCAGCUUGAAGAACUGGCCCAGAUGGGACUAAAUUUCUGGAGCUCCCCAGCUGACAGCAAGCCCCCGAACCCUCCACCUCCCCACAGGCCCCUCUCCCCCGACGGCGUCUGCCCUGCCUCCCUGCGUCAGCUCUGCCUUAUAAAUGGAGUGCAUUCUAUCAAAACCAGGACGCCUUCGGAGCUGGAGUGCAGCCAGACCAACGGGGCCCUGUGCUUUAUUAAUCCCCUUUUCUUGAAAGAGCACAGCCAGGACCUCAGCGGAGGCCUGAAGCGGCCGAGCGCAAGGACUCCCAACGCGAAUGGCACCGAGCGGCCUCUGUCCCCCCCACCCAGGCCCCCGCCACCCGCUAUUAAUAGUCUGCACACAAGCCCUCGGCUGGCCAGGACCGAAACCCAGACGAGCAUGCCAGAAACAGUCAACCAUAACAAACAUGGGAACGUAGCUGUGCCUGGAACCAAACCAGCUCCCGUCCCUCCACCCCGGCUGAAGAAGCAGGCUUCUUUUCUGGAAGCGGAGGGCGGCGCAAAGACCUCGAGCGGCGGCGGGCGGCCGGGCGCGGGCCGGGAGCUGGAGCUGGGCGCAGCUGGCAGCCCAGGUGGGGCCCCGCCUGAGGCCGCCCCGGGCGAUUGCACAAGCGCCCCGCCGCCCAGCUCUGAAUCACGGCCCCCGUGCCAUGGAGGCCGGCAGCGGCUGAGCGACAUGAGCAUUUCCACUUCCUCCUCCGACUCGCUGGAGUUCGACCGGAGCAUGCCUCUGUUCGGCUACGAGGCGGACACCAACAGCAGCCUGGAGGACUACGAGGGGGAGAGUGAUCAGGAGACCAUGGCGCCCCCCAUCAAGUCCAAAAAGAAACGGAGCAGCUCCUUCGUGCUGCCCAAGCUCGUCAAGUCCCAGCUGCAGAAGGUGAGCGGGGUGUUCAGCUCCUUCAUGACCCCGGAGAAGCGGAUGGUCCGCAGGAUCGCCGAGCUGUCCCGGGACAAAUGCACCUACUUCGGGUGCCUGGUGCAGGACUACGUGAGCUUCCUGCAGGAGAACAAGGAAUGCCACGUGUCCAGCACCGACAUGCUGCAGACCAUCCGGCAGUUCAUGACCCAGGUCAAGAACUAUUUGUCUCAGAGCUCGGAGCUGGACCCCCCCAUCGAGUCGCUGAUCCCUGAAGACCAAAUAGAUGUGGUGCUGGAGAAAGCCAUGCACAAGUGCAUCUUGAAGCCCCUGAAGGGGCACGUGGAGGCCAUGCUGAAGGACUUUCACAUGGCCGACGGCUCGUGGAAGCAACUCAAGGAGAACCUACAGCUUGUGCGGCAGAGGAAUCCGCAGGAGCUGGGGGUCUUCGCCCCAACCCCUGAUUUUGUGGAUGUAGAGAAAAUCAAAGUCAAGUUCAUGACCAUGCAGAAGAUGUAUUCCCCGGAAAAGAAGGUCAUGCUGCUGCUGCGGGUCUGCAAGCUCAUUUACACCGUCAUGGAGAACAACUCAGGGAGGAUGUAUGGCGCUGAUGACUUCUUGCCAGUCCUGACCUAUGUCAUAGCUCAGUGUGACAUGCUUGAAUUGGACACUGAAAUUGAGUACAUGAUGGAGCUCCUAGACCCAUCGCUGUUACAUGGAGAAGGAGGCUAUUACUUGACAAGUGCAUACGGAGCACUUUCCCUGAUAAAGAAUUUCCAAGAAGAACAAGCAGCACGACUGCUCAGCUCGGAGACCAGAGACACCCUGAGGCAGUGGCACAAACGGAGAACCACCAACCGGACCAUCCCCUCUGUGGACGACUUCCAGAAUUACCUCCGAGUUGCAUUCCAGGAGGUCAACAGUGGCUGCACAGGAAAGACCCUCCUUGUGAAACCUUAUAUCACCACCGAGGAUGUGUGUCAGAUCUGCGCUGAGAAGUUCAAGGUGGGGGACCCUGAGGAGUACAGCCUCUUUCUCUUCGUUGACGAGACAUGGCAGCAGCUGGCAGAGGACACUUACCCUCAAAAAAUCAAGGCAGAGCUGCACAGCCGACCUCAGCCCCACAUCUUCCACUUUGUCUACAAACGCAUCAAGAACGAUCCUUACGGUGUCAUUUUCCAGAACAGGGAAGAAGACCUCACCACCUCCUAGAAGACAGGUGGGACUUCCUAGUGGUGCAUCCAAAGGGGAGCUGGAAGCCUUGCCUUCCGGCUUCUAUGUGCUUGAGCUUGAAAAGCAGUCACCUCCUCGGGGACCCCUCAGUUUAGUGACUAAGCCAUCCAUAGGCCAACUGGGCCAAGGGCAACUUUAGCCAUGCAAGGUAGCUGAGGUUCGUGAAACAGUAGGAGUCUCUUUUGGCAAUGGAGAAUUGCAUUUGAUGGUUCAAGUGUCCUGAGAUUGUUUGCUGCCUACCCCCAGUCAGGUUCUAGGUUGGCUUACAUGUAUGUAGAUGUGCAGAAGAAACACUUAAGGCACAAGCUCUUUUGAAUUCAACAGCAGGUGUUUGACAAGACUGUCCGAUGCAGCGCGUCAGGUGAUCCUCACUCCUGUGGAUGGCUUCAUCUCUUCCUUCCUUCCUUCCUUUUUCCUUUUUUUUUUUUUACAAAGAGCCUUCAUGUUUUUAUAUAUUUCAUAGAAAUUUUUAUAGCAGUUGCAGGUAAACUGUCAGGAUUGGUUUUUAAAAUAUUUUUGUAACUUUAAAAUAUUCUAUAAUUAUGCAUGUGAUUUUAACAUUUAAUAUUCAAAAAUAAAUCUCUUGCUGGAUUUGAGAGUAUUGCAUUUUAAAAGUCUCUCUUCUGUAACUGGAUGUUUUGGCAACUUUGUGGGGAGAGACAGCUGGAUUUCUUAAAGCCAUGUAUUCCUGACACUGGCCACAGAAUGCCUUUGGAAAUCGGAUGUACUGUUACCUUGUUCACGUUUAGUGGUGUUUUGCUCUUUUGUUUUUUAAACAAAUGAUACUGAGAAUAAGGAGAGAAACGAAUGUAGAGAGAGGUAGAGAGAGAAUCACGGACUCUAACAAAGGACUGAGGAGUGCAGUCUGCUGGUUCAGGCUCUUCGAAAGAUGUGGAAAAAGAGAUAGAACGAACCACCUAUGCUUAAAAUACUGUAAAUAUGCAAUGAGGUUUGGCAAAAUCUACUCCGUGUGUGAUUUGCUUUUAGAAACAAUUUUGAAAGCCCCCUGAGGAAAAUAAAAAUCGGGACUCCACGUUUGGAUCCCUUUCCACGAACACCCGCUUCAUUGAAGCUGUUUUUCUCUCUCCUGGAGUUCCCCUCUGGGGUCCCCUUCCACACUCCCUCGUGGAAGCCUGC